AUGGGAAAACCCCCAACUAUUGAAAGAUUUUUCAAGAGGAAAAAUUCUGAGCCUGAGGUUAAUAAUCAGGAGACUCAGGCUUCAAAUAGUCCUCUUAAUUCCAAUACUCCCAUUGCUGUGACUGUUGAAAGUCAAUCUAGAAAAUCUCCAAGAAUCGAAACAUGUGUCAAUUCAUUAGAGCGAGAUCCUGGAUUACGACCUCCAAUAUGGGAUUAUCCUGUUGAUAAGCGUGAUGAAAUUAGAAGAGCUUAUAUCAAGGCUGGCCCAUAUCAAAUUAUUCUUUCAAAAUAUCCAAAAUCCAAAGAAAAGCAUCCGCGAAGUUUCCAAUCAUCAUGGUUUAAGUUAUUUCCUUCAUGGUUAGAAUACUCUCCCGAAAAAGAUGCUGCAUUUUGUCUACCUUGUUACUUGUUUCGUCCACAAGGAGGGCCUUCUAAUAUUGGUGCAUUUUCGAUUAAUGGAUUUCAAUCAUGGAAGAAAGUAAAAAAUGGAAAAAAUUGUGCGCUUUUGACCCAUGUUGGAAAGGAUUUGAAUUCUUCUCAUCGCAAUGCAGAACGAGCAUGUGAUGAUCUUAUGAAUCAAGAAAUCCAUAUUGCUCAAAGGUUAGAGAAAUUCACAUCUCAACAAGUUCAAGAUAAUCGACUCCGCUUGCAAGUUUCAAUUAGUGUUGCUAGGUGGCUAGCAUUUCAAGCUAUGGCGUUUGGAGGUCAUGAUGAGACCAAAGAUUCAUUGAAUGGUGGAAACUUCAAUGAAUUAGUUAGUUUCAUAGCCUCUUAUAAUGACAAAGUAGAAGAAGUGGUGUCAAAUGCUCCAAAAAAUACGACAUAUACAUCACCAAGAGUGCAAAAAAAAAUUUUAAAUGUCUUUUCUACUAAAGUGAAGAAUGCUAUUCGUGAAGAAAUUGGUGAUGCAAAAUUUUGUUUGAUUGUUGACGAAGCUCGAGAUGAGUCUAAAAGAGAACAAAUGUCUAUAGUGCUGAGAUUUGUCGACAAAAAUGGUCACGUUCGAAAGCGAUUCUUUGGCCUUGUACAUGUUAAAGACACUGCAGCACUGACAUUAAAAGAUGGAAUUUGUUCUAUUUUAUCUCAUCACAGUCUUGAUAUACAAAAUAUAAGGGGACAAGGUUAUGAUGGUGCAAGUAACAUGCGAGGAGAAUGGAAUGGGUUGCACGCCUUAUUUCUGCGUGAAUGCCCUUAUGCAUACUAUGUUCAUUAUAUGGCUCAUCGUUUACAAUUGGCACUAGUUGCUGCAUCAAGGGAAAUUAUUCCUAUCGAACGAUUCUUUUCCAAGUUGAAUGUAAUCAUCAAUAUUGUCGGCUCCUCAUGUAAGCGCAGUGACCAAUUAAAAGAUGCUCAUGCUUCAAAUAUUGCCUAUUUACUUUCAAUUGAUGAGCUUGACAGUGGUAAAGGUAAAAAUCAAAUUGGUACUUUACAAAGAGCCGGUGAUACUCGUUGGAGGUCUCAUUUAAAAUCUGUUUCAAGUUUGUUAAAUAUGUAUAGUGCUACAUGUGAAGUUUUAUUGAAUAUUAUUGAUGAUGGAGUCACAUCUGCUCAACGAGGAGAUGCAGAUGCUGCAUAUGAGGCACUGAACUCAUUUGAGUUUGUUCUCAUUUUGCAUAUUAUGAAGAAAAUUCUUGAGAUAAGUGAUUUACUUUGUCAAGCUUUGCAGCAUAAAUCUCAAGAUAUUUUAAAUGCAAUGCAGCUUGUUUCUUCAACUAAGUUGCUAAUCCAGAACUUGCGAAAUGAAGGAUGGGAUGGGCUACUUUCGGAUGUGAAGUCAUUCUGUGAGAAGGUUAGUAUACCACUUCCAAAUAUGAGUGAUAGGUAUGUUGGAAGGAAUGGAAGGGCUCGUCAUCAACAAGAUCAUUUUACGGUUGAGCAUCAUUACAAGAUUGAUAUUUUUCUUGCUGUGAUAGACACUCAAUUGCAAGAGUUGAACGAUAAGUUCAAUGAGAAAACAAUGGAGUUGCUUGUGCUUAGCUCAGCGUUAGAUCCAAAGGAGAUGCGUAUAUCAAUGAGGAUUGAUGAUAUAUACAAGUUGGUACAAAAAUUCUAUCCACAAGAUUUUGCAGAAUAUGAGAUGGCUCAACUAAAGAUGCAAUUUGAGCAUUUCAGUCAUGAACGUCAACAUCCAAUGUUUGAAUCAUUGUCUACCAUUUCUGAUUUGUGUGAAUGGUUGGUAAAGACACGAAAAGCAGACGUAUAUCCUCUUGUAUAUAGAGUGGUGACUCUUAUUCUAACACUUCUUGUUUCUACGGCAACAACGGAACGAUCAUUUUCAGCUAUGAGUCUUGUGAAAAAUAGACUUAGAAACAAAAUGGAAGAUGAAUAUCUCUCAUAUUGUUUGAUAUUGUAUAUUGAGAAAGAUAUAUUGCUCGUAGUAUUAGUUUAG